UCCACAUGGAUUAAGUUGAUCCGGGUUAGAUUGCCGACUGAGAGACUGUAAAAAAUGGUUGUAAACAAAGUGUUGACUCUUGUCAUGAUCCGGGAGGCCCGCCGUGUACUUUUGGGAAUGAAGAAACGUGGUUUCGGUCAAGGUCGUUGGAAUGGAUUCGGCGGUAAAGUAGAACAAGGGGAAACAAUUCUGCAAGGAGCUUUAAGAGAGUUGCACGAGGAGAGCGGGUUAACGGCGCGCCACCUGACGGAGAUCGGGCGACUUGUGUUCCGGUUUGAGGGGGACCCCCAGCUCCUCGAGGUGCACGUGUUCACCGGCUCCACGUACAGCGGAGAACCAGUGGAGACGGAUGAGAUGCGUCCAUGCUGGUUCCCGGUCGACAAAAUCCCUUUUGAUAAAAUGUGGCCGGAUGACAAACUGUGGUUCCCAAUCUUCUUGGAAGGAAAAUUGUUUUCCGGCGAAUUCACGUUUGAGGGACACGAUAAAAUAUUAGAUUACACACUAUCGCAGGUUAAAAAACUGCCCAUGUGAGAUUUAUGGAUUCGACUUGUCAGGGAGUUGCUUUAAGAUGCAUGAUAUGUCAAUGGUUGGGAUAAUGGAUUUUCUCUGUAAAAAAUGGGAAUUCCUGCAUGUGGAAAGAGACAUCUCCCUAGCUUUACCGUGAUUGAAUGCAUUUUUUAUUACGGAGAAUUCUGUGUUUAAGAAGGCAUACGUUCAUCUGUAGUUAGGCGAUGCAUUUGUCUUUAUAUAAAACAUGAGAAAGAUGGAUCUGGGACCAGACAUAAAAUAAAGUAACUAUUGCA